AAUUUAGGCAUGGGGAGUGGGGAUUGGUUAGGGUUAAGGUAAGAAAAGCAGGGUAAGCCAAUCAGAGGCCGAAAAUGCGGGCCAUGAGGCACGUACUGUGACGUUGACACUUCUAGCGGAUCUGAUCUAGCAGCUACCGAUGGCGGUGGAACACAGGCUGCCCAAAGUCCAUCUCUACUGCAGUAACAGAGAGAUGAGAUGUAACUGAAAUGCUGCUGGAUCAUCAGAAAAACAUUUGACGGUGCUAUUUUUGGAGGACACAAAUACAAAUACCAUUAUGGGCCAGCUGUUCUCAUCAGAAGAAGAGCUUUCUCAAGUGAAGGAUGCGAUUGGUUCUCUCCUCUACGACGCCAUGUUGGAGGGCGAUGCAGUACCUGUCCUCGGAGUUGUCCACCCUCUUCUCCUAGCCAAUCACAAUGAGAGCCUUGACUCCCAGACCGCCAGUCUCCAGGAACACCUACAGAAGCUGCAGGGCGACAUUGGGAAGAGGGCGCCAACCUACCUGAAGGAUCUGAUUGGCCGAUUGUCAUCCUUUUCAGAUGAGCCACGCUUGGCCGGCCUUGUGGGAUUGGUGGUUACUAUGGUGAUGGACAUGGCCUACACGUCCUCGAAACAGUCAUCAGGUGUGAAAGGGAAAUCAGUGGGGUCAUCAUCAUGCCAGCAGAGAGUUUGGGAGCUCCAGGAGGUGAUGGAGGAGUACUUGAAGCGCUGCAGGAUCAACCUGAGUGACAAAAGCAGGCUGAUCCAGGACUCCAUUAGACUUGAGGCCCAGCUCAGCCUCACCCUCACCCAGCUGAAGACCUGUCUGCUGGGAGGAGACUGUGACUCCAGGUCUCUGAGGCACUGGGCCAGUGGAGCAGCAUUUCACAGCCAGAUGUUGGUUCACUUGGCUGGUUUUGAGGGCCAGGCUGAGCCCCUGGCUGCAAGGGCCGCUCUGGAGCAAUACAAGGAAGACCUCUCACAGAUCAUACCUGCUUACAGGCGAUACAAGUCUAAUUCAGUGUGUGUUGUGAAAUGUCGAGGGGGUCUAGCAUCAUGUGGCCCCUCUAGCGAGGUGCCAGAGGAGGGAUCAAUGACGGGACUCACUGUGACAGACAGCGAGACAGGAAAGAGUUUGACCAUCCCUCUAUCUGCUUUGAAGACAGAGAUAGGGAGAAGAAAGAGCCUCUCUGGGCUGGAUACCACUUCUGCAACUAUGUCCUCCUCCAUUAACCUGGACUUUAUCACGUCAGAUCAGUACGCCCAGGCAUACCUGCACCAUUUGUUCUCUGAUAAAGGACCUGUGGCAGAGCUGGAGAACUACUUUAUCAAGGCUAGUGGCAAUCUGAGAACAUUGAAAAUUGAACAAGACUGUACAAAUAAAACGGGUGGGAAAUGAUAUAGGACAAAGUUUUGGCGUGCAACUUAAUUAUUGGGCAUAAGGCAUUGAUGGAGAACAAAUAGUGGACAGGGGCAAAGGAGACAAUUGGGGCAAGACGGACAGAAGAGCGAGACGAGACGGAGGAAAGUGAGCAGAGA